UCUUUUCCUUCGUAAUAAUUACGAGAAAAGCAAACUGACUUGUUCUUCUUGUGCUAUCUGCUUCGUUCGUCUCUGGAAACCACACAAUAUAAUCGAGGAAAUUGAAUCAGCUUACUUCAUUGAUGGGCUUCACUUCUGUUUAUCGAUCUCUUACGCAGAUAUUUCCUCAGGUUGAUGCACGAAUGUUGAGGGCUGUUGCAAUUGAACAUCCCAAGGAUCCUGAUGAGGCUGCUUCUGUGGUUCUCUCCGAGAUUCUUCCCUCCUUGCCCACUGAUUCUACUCAAUCUCGGACCAAGUCUUCUCCAAUAGAACGUGAUUUGGAAGAUGCUGUUUCCAAGUACAACCACGACGCUUUGCUUGUAGCUUCUUCUUCAGAAACUAUCCCCUUGGUUACUGGUCGUCGUGUCCACGAUACCAUUGCUCCAAGUGCGCUACCAAAUGUUGGUCCUGGUGUUGUUUGCCACAAAGAUGUCGGAAGUGAGGAGCAAGUCCAGUCUUUAGGAAAAGCUCCAGGACAAGAGCUUGGCAACUAUGAUUUCUUUGGAAAGUGUUUUGAUGUUCCGAGUCCGAUCCUCCCACCACCACAGAUUGACUUGUUGCACGUGACAGAGGAUCAUCUUGCCUCAGUUUUCCCACAAGACAACGCCGAAUCGACUAGAGAUUUUCGGCAAAAGCUUGGUUUUCAUAUGACUUGGAAUCAAGCAGAAGAUUCAAUCACUAGCAUUGGUUCACUGAACGCUGCAGAGAAGGGAUCAUGUUUUGAAGUGGGGAAGGGUUCAGUGGCCAGUGAAAACGGUGACACUGAAUCAAAAAGUUCAGUGACAAGUGUAAAUGGAGAUACUGAAGUAGGUGGUGCAUUUAGCUCAUCAACUCAUGGAUGCAGUGUUGAUCACCUUGAAGAGAUUAUCGAAGACGCCAAAACUAACAAGAAAACCUUGCUAGCUGUGAUGGACUCGGUCACGAAUCUGAUGAAAGAAGUUGAACUUGAAGAGAAGGAUGCGGAGAAGUCAGAGUCAGAAGCUGCUAGGGGAGGUUUGGAUACUCUUGAAAAGGUUGAGGAGUUCAAGAACAUGCUGAAACAUGCCAAGGAAGCCAAUGACAUUAAUGCUGGAGAAGUGUAUGGAGAGAAGUCAAUUUUAGCAACAGAAGCAAAAGAGCUUGAAAACCGAUUGCUCAACUUAUCAGAAGAACGAAACAAAUCUCUUGCUGUCCUUGAUGAGAUGCGUGAAACUCUUGAGAUAAGGCUAGCGGCAGCAUUGGAGAUGAAAAAGGCUGCUGAGCAAGAAAAGAAAGCAAAAGAAGACUCUACACUUAAGGCACUUGCUGAACAAGAAGCCAUCAUGGAGAAAGUAGUCGAAGAAUCAAAGCUUCUUCAGCAAGAGGCAGAGCAAAACUCCAAGCUUCUCGAGUUUCUUAUGGAUCGUGGUCAGGUCGUUGAUUCCUUACAAGGAGAAAUCUCUGUCAUAUGUCAAGAUGUGAAGCUGCUGAAAGAAAAAUUUGACAACCGAGUGUCAAUACCAAAAAAGGCAGGCACCUCAAGCCUGACUAGUUCAUGCGGAUCAUCGGUGAGGAGCUUGGUGCUUGAGACUCCUGCUGAGCCGUUGAAUGGAAUGCUUAAAACCUCCUCUAGCAAGAACAAGAGCCCAGAAGAAGAAGACGAAGAAGCAUCUUCCACCAUGGACAAAUUGAAAAAUGAUUGUAGAGAGCUUCUUGAAGAUGGUUGGGACAUCUUUGACAAGGAUAUUGAACUUUAAGGUGGGGUUGGUGGCUUGGUGCUGAAGUAAUGUACAUAUAGGGUUCGUAUUGAUAUAGAAAACGCUAUCACUUGAAGAAUAAAAUGGAUUUGCGACCAUAUUUGGAUCAAGGAUUUUAUAAGAGCUAUGGAUUCUCUGUGUGAUUGAAACUCGAACCAGAUCAUUUAUGAGCUGUUGUAUAUAGUUUUUCUCAGUA